AUGGCCCUGGCUGGGGUCUGCAUGGCCCUGCUCUGCUGCGGCCCCGUGCUGGCCAGCUGCCGCCACGUCACCUUCUUCCCGUCAGUGUUAACUGUCCCUGCAGGUGGGUCAGCCACCUUCUUCUGCAAUAUCUCCAUGGAGAAUGACUCUGGGUUACAGUACAGCCUCAAUUGGUACAAGGAGACCCACUACAGCCAAGCCCAAAAAAUCGCUGGGAUCAGCCGGAACAACCGCCAGACGAAGACAGAGAAGUACCUGCUCACCAACCACGCUCCUUCCUUCAAGAUUGAGAUCCUGAACCUUCACCAGAAUGACUCAGGCUCCUACUACUGUGGACUGAUUGACUUCUCUGAAUCUGUUAAAGUGCUGGAGAGCAACCGGUGCCAGCUGGUGGUUACAGCAGCCCCAGAGAAGUUGAAUGCCACUGAUGAGCCUGAGAUGGAGGAAGGCAAUCCCCCUGACCAUAUCAAGGCUGUGCUCCUGGGCAUCCUGCUGCUGGCUGGGAUGGUUGUGCUGCUGAUAUUUGGCUACCUCACUGUCACAUACAGGAAAGGAGAGGUGCAGAAACCACCAAGUGAAAACACGCCAGCGAAGGAAGAGAAGCCCCCCGUGGUGUCCGUGUCCACUGUGGACUACGGCGUGCUGGAGUUUCAGCGGGGCCAGCACUCCCCGGUGCACCCCGAGGCCCGGCUGGCUGACCAGACCGAAUACGCCACCAUCGUCUUCCCGGAGGAGAAACCCGUCACGCCGGAGCGCGGGAAGAGACACCAGGACGAGAGGAUUCGGCAGCUGCAGUCACAGCCCUGCUGA